AUGCCCGCACAAAACCCAGAACGACGACCCCCCAGCCGCAACAAACCCAGAACGACGACCGCCCAGCCGCACAAACCCAGAACGACGACCCCCCACCGCACAAAACCAGAACGACGACCCCCAGACCCCCCACCCGACACACCACAAACCAAGAACGACGACCGCCCCAGCAGCACAAACCAAGAACAGACGACCCCCUCCAGCCGCCCCAAACCCAGAACGACGACCCCCAGCCGCAAAAAACCCAGAACGACGACCCUCCAGCCGCACAAACCCAGAACGACGACCCCCCAGCCGCACAAACCCCAGAACGACGCCCCCCCCAGCCGCACAAACCCAGAAACACGACCCCCAGCCGCACAAACCCAGAACGACGACCCCCCAGCCGCACAAACCAAACGACGACCCCCAGCCGCACAAACCCAGAACGACGACCCACAGCGCACAAACCCAAAAACGACGACCCCAGCCGCACAAACCCAUAAACGACGACCCCCCGGGCCGCACAAACCAAAAACAAACCCCCAGGCACAAACCAUAAACGAACCCCAUCCCAAAAAACCCGAACGACUACCCCCAGUCCCACAAACCCAAAAACACACCCCCAGUCCAAAACCCAAAAUACGCCCGCCCUCCUCACAAAACAUAACUACACCCAAUCCCCACAAACCCAAAUACACCCCCCUCCACAAAACCCAAACAACCCCUCAUAAAACGAAUGACGGAACAAACCCAACAACCCCGAAAGCCACAAACCCAACCACGACCCAUACACAAGCACCCAAAAACCCAAACGACGACCCGCACCCCCAAAGGGAGCGCACAAACCCAGAACGACGACCCCAGGUACCAAGGCACCAAAAAAAACCAGAACGACGACCCCCAGCUGCACAAACCCAGAAGAGGACCCCACGACCAAGCAGCCACAAAACCAAAAAACGACACCCCAGCCGCACAAACCCAAAAACGACACCCCACACGCAACAAACCAAGAACGAGACCCCCAAAGCCGCACAAACCCAAACACACCCCCACACACAAGGGCAGCGGAACAAACCCAAACGAGGACCCCGCACACCCAAGGCACGGAACAAACCCAGAACGACGACCCCGCAGCGACACAAGGGCAGGCCGCACAAACCAAGAAGAGGACCCGCAGCCGCACAAACCAACCACGACCCCAGCAACAAGGGCAGCCCACAAAACCCAUAA